AUUCUUUCUUCGCUUUUGACUACGGAGUCGGAACUGUGAUAUUUAUUAAAAAUCUGUCGAUAAUUCUAUUUAAUAAUCGACAUUAUCAUGAUCGUUGUAUUAACAAUACAUGCUGCACCUGGAUAAAAGCAUUUAAGUGUUCUACAAGUUUGUGAUAAACUAUUAAAAUGUCUUCAAAGGACAAAUGGGUUCGCCGGUUUUCAGUUGACGAAACAUCGCGACACCAAAAUGGGUUUACUAUUUACAAAAUCACUUCUGUUUUGUUCCCGAUCGAGUCGCCUGAAGCGGUCACAGUGGUAUCGGUGUGGAAGCGGUACAGUGACGUUCAAAGACUCCAUAAGAGCAUGAAGCUGCUCCAUGCGGGCCUUCACCUGAGGGGGACGAUACCCGUGUUAGCUCAGAGUAGCUACUUCAAGCGUUUUCAACAAGAGGUGAUCGAGGAGAGGGCAAAGUCGAUCAAAGCCCUGUUGGAAUUUGUGGCAGAACAUCAACUCCUAUUUACAAGCACAGACUUCGUCAACUUUCUUCAGACGGGCUACCCCGAGCCAGAGUCCACGGGCGGAAUCAUCAACGCCAUCAGAUCAUCUCUUCAUCUGCCUAUAGAGGAGACGCCGCCAUUGGAGUACCAGACCGAUGAUGAUUCAAGAAGUCCAGUACACACAGCACGCCCAGCACAGUCAAGCAACCUUAUAGACGACAGCCCUCAAACCGCAGAUGAAAUGGACAGCAUAUCAAGAAUACCAAUCUACGAAGCGGACCACAUAGAAAUUAAAACCUUCCCAAAACUAUCAGACAGUUUCGAAUCAUUAAAUUCCCUAGACAGCAUAAAUAGCGACCUCUUUGAAGAACUAAACAAACUGGCCGUCGAUAAAAGCAAACCGCUAGUGAAAAGUAAAUCAGUGUUGCCGGACUUAAUUAAUUUUGACGCGCCGUCGUGUUCUAAAUUUGAAGAUUAUCACACAAUGCCCGCGAGAGUACCAGAUUCGGAUACAAAUUCGUUGAGUUCCAAUUUUGAAAAUGAUUCUAGAAGAAGCAGUUCGCGAGUGUCCGUUUAUAGUAAAAGAAGUGUAAUGUCUCUUUCUAACGUUGAGAGUAAAACAAAGACGGAGGAUAGUUAUGUGUUCGAAGCGGGUUAUAUGUUGAAUUUGGCGACUAGAUGUGAAAAUUUGGGUGAUUAUCAAAGGGCGUUCGAGUGUUACAAGUCUGGCAUUGAGAAAAUGCUAAUCGGAGUACAAAAUGACUCGGACCCCCAGAGAAGGGCGUUAAUAAAAGAGAAAACAAACAAAUAUAUAACAUAUGCUGAGGAAAUUUAUAAAAACCAUCUCCGUGAUGCCGAACAGAGUCUAUUAACAGAAAGAGAGGACUACACUCGCCCCCUCCACUGCCCCAUUCCGAUAUCAAUGCUGAAACGUCCGUAUGAAGAGCUGUCUUCGUAUAGAGUUUUAGCUAUAUUGGGGUCAAGUAUAAUGCUGGUUCUCCAUAAAACGGAACAGACUUGCUAUGCUAUGAAGGUCAUCCAAAAAAUUCCCAACAACUUGACAGAAUUCGACGAAUACUUCCACCAAAGGCCCGACGAAACUCGACAACCAAUUUUAACAACAGUAAUUCCAUACAUGGUCCCUUUACACGCCUACGUGGAAACAAAUGACUUAAUAUUCUUAAUACUAUCAUACGCACCGGGCGAAAAACUAUUCGAUUAUAUAAAAAAUUACGCAAAAUCCAUACCGAAUACGCCGGCGAGGGAAUUGAAUCUAGAAAACGUUUUUCCGAUAACUGAUAACGUUACAACGAAAACCGAUAAUAACGUUUCACCGAAAUUGAAUUCUGAAAAUAAUAAUCCCAGUGUCGAAAUUGAGACUGAUUGCAUGGAGAAUGUUGAGAUUUCCGUGAACGAUUUGGUGUUGAAUUCUAAGAGACUGUUGGAGAAUGUUGAUAGGGUGUUGUGUGAGCCGAAAUUGUUGGAUAAGACUGAUUUGGAUAACGAUAGAGUUGACACUUCGCCGAUUAUUAGGAUCUCUCCCCGCCCUGUAGACGUGUUACCCCCCUCUGCGGUGUGCAAAUGGGCCGCGGAAAUAUUGACAGCUUUGGAGAGUUUACACAAUAGCGGAGUCGUUUGCAGAGAUUUAAACCCAUCAAAUAUUUUACUGGGAGCUGGUGGUCAAAUAAUAUUAACCUAUAUAAUUUCAUAUCCCGGUCUGGAAAUGUCUCUGGCAAAGUUAAGUCCGUCUGUCAGUAUGUACAUAGCGCCUGAACUGUACGUGAACACGAUACUUGAUAACGAGGUGGAUGAAAAAGUAUGCGAUUUUUGGAGUUUCGGUGCUAUAAUGUAUGAGUUGUUGUGUGGCGUGCCGCUAUCGCACUACCACAAAAAUAUAUUCACGAGUCAUACAAUACUAUAUCUGCCGGAUGGAUUGUCUGUCGAGGUGGAGUCAUUGUUGACACAGCUCCUAACUUACGAACCCUCCGAGCGUCUCGGCGCCGGCAAAGAUGGCAUACAAGAGAUAAAAAAUCAUCCCUACUUCAAACAUAUCGACUGGAAGGAAGUCUACGACAGCUGGGUAGUGCCGGGUUGAAUGUUGAAGCUGUAGGUGCGAGGUUCGAUUCCGUUCGGAACUAUUUAAAUACGGACGCCAUUUUGUUUGUCUUGGUAUUUUUUACAUACAUACAUACAUUGUAUAAUCACGUCUAUGUCCCUUGCGGGGUAGGCAGAGCCAACUGUCUGGAAAAUAAUGACAGGCCACGUUCAGCUAUUUGGCUUAUUGGUAGAACUGUGAAAAGUGACAGGUUGCUAGCCCGUCGCCUAAAAGAAGUAUCCCAAGUUUAUAAGCUUAUCUCUUAUUCGACUUUUACGACAUCCAUGGGAAAGAGACGGAGUGUUCCUAUUUUUUUUUUAUAAACUUUUUAUAAAAUGCAUAAUAAUCUUUUUGGAAUACAUUCUGAGAUUUUAAUACAUUUUGGGCACAUUGCAUAGAAAAAUAAUAUAUGUAUAUACCUAGGUGCCUUUAUAAAAUUGUCGAUGGAACGUUCUAGUAGUUACAGUUAUCUUUAUUUUAACACUAUACGUGGUAUAUUUUGUUUUCGUUGAUAAUUACAAGUGUUAACUGCUCGUUUUCUCAACUCUGUAGUAACAUUUUUUACUUUUUGAUAAAUGCAUGUUUUCUUAAUUUUUGCGAACAUUAAAAUCCAAAGUAACAUUUGGAAAUGAAACCGAAACUUUUGUAAUGGAACUUUGUUAAACUAUUUAAUAAAUAAUACAGGUUAAUAACCGUGUACGUAACUUACUUUUAUUUUAUCCUCGGACAUUUAUUAACGCUCGGUGACUAAGGAUCACUGUAACAUGAAUAGAAUAGAAUAGAUUUAUUUUCAAAAUUGGAUACAAGGUAUCACUUAUUGACGUCACAUCACUUAAAUCUAAUUAUAACUACUGCCGCUUCCAAAGCGCAUGUGUAGAAGAAGCGGCGGAACAAACUACACUGCAGCAUUUUCAUCGGACGUCGAUAUACAAAUAUAGAUCUCUUAAAUCUAAAUCAUGGACGAAUGCACACUGUCUACAUUAAAAAACAUGAAUGGAUGUAGAACUAGUGACAUGAUUAGAAACGUCCGAGAUAAAAUAAAGGUACGUUACGUGCGCGUUUAAUGCCUGUAUUAUUAAUAAAUAGUAUAAUGCAAUGAGAGAGUUUAAAAAUCAUUAAUAUUUGUUAAAAAUUUAAAAUCCAGGUUCUUUCUAGUUCCAUGUACAAACGUGACAUUUGGAUAACGUGAUACUUAAUAUUUAUAUAUUUCCUUGUCUUUGUGUAUUAUUCUGUGUAUAUAUGAGCUUUAAUUUUUUAAAGCUGUUGGCCAGAAAAAUAAGAGCUAUAAUUUAAAAAAAAAAUGUCGCGUUUGUAUUUCUUUUGUUUGGAAACAUGACAACUUAAACUUUGUAUCUCAGAAACCCUGCAAAUAUACAGCUUAUUUCAUUGUAUUAUCAGUUUAUGUUUUUAAGGAGAGAGAAUGAAGGUAUACUGAGCGAUUUUGAUUACUGGCCGUUAUAAGAUAAUAAUAAUAAGUGAGAUAUGUAGAAUUAAUAUAAUUUAGUAGUAUUGUUUAGGUGUAUGCUUUAAGCCCUUCAAAAAAAAUUAAAUUAAAUGAUUAAUAAAUAAUCAGCCCUCCUAAUGAUUAAUAAUUAAUAAUCGCGGUUGAGAAGCAAAUUCUUCAAAGGAUGGUCCUGUUUUCUUUAGGUUUAGAGACCCAUUCUUCCUUCUUUCCAACCUUGGCUGGAUCAAGUCUUCUGGUUUAUCUCUGUAACCUGAGUUCAUCUUUUUGAUCUCUUCAGUUCUGUAAAAAUCCUUUUCCAUGGCGUCAGCGCGCAUUUUCAAUUUAUUAAAAUUAAAUUGACGUUGAAAAAUUGGGUGGGCGUAUGUUACUGGUAUCAUACCUAGAAUUUUCGAAAAUAUUUACUGUUGGGAAUUAAUUUAUUAGUAGAAAAGCAUUACAAUUUAGACAUUGACUGCCUUAACUUUUGAAGGGAUAUCUAACGCUAACAUAAGUAUUAUUUUUAAGAGUUUUAAGUAAAAUAUAAGAAAUAUAUAUUAACAGAUGUUGUA